AAGAUGUUGAGAAACUUCUUUGGAUUGUUAGGACUGACCCUCGUCUUAGCAGCCCUUAUCGUAUUUAUUCCCUCAUUCCUUAAUGAAGCUGCUGAGAAAGAACAAGUUGCUGUAGACCUUGUCACGGAUAUUGAUGCUAUGCAAGAGCAAGAAUCAACGUUAAAUACUUGUUCAGGAACGACCAGCAGUAAUCAGGAAUGUCAAGGCAAACCCAUAGAAGAUAACCAACUUGGAGCAGAAAGUGAGCAGACCUGAAAGUACAUUCAAAGCUUUAUGAAGAUCUCAGAAGAUAUAAAGGUCGAUGAAGAUUGCCACAUUGGUGUAGGAUAUACCCAAAAUUUAGACUGGAACAUAGAAGCUUCCCAAUUCUUUGAAAUUUAUGAUGGUGCAGAAUUCAUGGAGGAUCUUGAGGCAAAGGAGCACGAUAAAAUAGAUACGCAUAAGAAGUUCAUUGAGACCUUUUUGUACUUCUUCCAAGACGGGAUCUCCGCAGAGAGGGUUACAGCCAACCCACAAGUGAUUAAGGAUAUUAUGAAAUGGCUCGUUGAGAAAAACAUUACUCAUACUACUGAGGUUGGAGGUCACGCACCAAAAUUUGCUGAUAGGAUAGAGGAAGAAGGAUGCAAAGUCUUCUUCUUGAGAGAAGAUUUAAGUAGACCUGUUAAUACUACCUGAAGCGAAGAUGAAGACCCAAAGCAUUUUGAAGGGAAUCAAGAGCAAGAUACAGACGAUCAUAUUUGUAUUUUAUAUCAUAGCGGUGAAAAGCAUUUUGGAUAUGAGUCUCCUAGAGCAAACAGAUUUUAUUUUAUCUAUGAUCCUAAAGGAUCAAAGUUCGAGAAAGUUGAGAAGUAUCAUGAGUUAAUUGAUAAUAUGGAGGAUGGAGAAAGACCGGAGAGACAUAUGUUCGCUGGAUAUCAAUAUUUGGAAGGUUCUCCAAAAGAAAAGACUAGGGCUAGGUUUGAAACCAUGGAGAGGAAAUGGGCUGAGAUGAAAGAACAAGACCCUCAACAUACUAUACAUGCUGAGUUAGCUCAUUUUAACCUUGACCAUACACUCCAUUUUGUUAUGAAACAUCUAUUCAAAUUCACUGAUUCACUUGGCCUCAAUGAGCACGAGAUGUAUUCUCUUUUAAACCAAUAUAUCUUUUAUUAUAACAGGGAUCAUCCUGACGAGGAUCAGAUCCCUGAAUAUGAAGCUCAUAAUUCAAGAUUGACUCCAAAUAACUCCCUUCACCUGAUUAAUGACCUGAUCACCAAGUACCUUCUAACUGAUGAUAAAAACAUAAUUUCGAGAAUCCAAUACCAUACUCUUGGACAUAUGGUGACAUGUUACGAUCCUGAAAAGUGGGAAUCUGGAGAAGAUUCCUUGUUUAGGUCCGGGUACACCUCUGCUGAUUACUGUAACAUCCCAACUAAGGAGGUUGAGCCUAAUAUUUGUAAAUCCCACAGCUUUAAAAAGCUUGACCUACAAGGACUCCCAGAAGGGAUGAAACUAAUAGAUCGUGAGUAUACUUUUUCCAAAGCUCAUCUACAAGAAGGAGUUGAGACUCAAGAUUUGAUCCAAUACAUCAAAAUAGAAGGAUCACCCUUUAUCUGCGGUAUAAUCUCCACACCUACAUGCAAAGACCCCUCUAAGCUUUCUGGGCUCGGAGAUAAUAUCUCGUCAACUGGAUUUACUUAUCAAAGCCGUAAGUUUAUAUAAAGAGGAUUCAACACUUGUAAA